ACUUGUUCCACUCCAUGCGUAUAGCUCGAUAGUCACGGAGUAUCUUUCUACCAUCAGAUCAACACCUUGACCUUACUGCUGAAGCCUUCCCUUCGUAGGUGGUUCAUCACUAUUUGUUGAGCCACCCUCUCUCUCACCGCCCAGUCUCAUGCGGCUCUUAUUAUGAGAGCGCUCUGGCCCUUUCCAUGCUCGCACAGGUGGCCCGACCAUCCAGGCAUGCUGUAGCACGACUAUUCGAUAGCCGCUGCUUGCUUCUGUUUGUGCGGGUACCUUCACCCCGGCUGCAAGGGAUAGUAUGUCGACCCGAAUAUUCUUGCUCAAGACGCAUUGGCACCUCGGCGACGCACUUCCGCCGCUAUCUCAUAUCUGAAGGCCGCACCACCACACCCCCGGCGAGCAAGUCCUCUGCGGGCUCAUCCUCUUCCACCUCGUCCACUCCCAGACCCUCCUAUCCCUUCUACCUGGAGACUGGCUACUCGGUCUUUGCCAAGCGGCCCUCGCGCCCUUUUCCGCCUCCAUUCGUCUCCCUCCCCUCUGGCUCCUUCUCCGACCCGCUCACAACCCACAAUCCUUCCUCCGUGUCGCGUGGCGCCCGCCGUCCGACCGUGAACGGGGAACCCGUGCGAGGCAUAACAAACGGCGAUGACGCGAUCAUUAUAUCAGCGGCUCAAAACUUCGUCGCCGUCAACGAUGGCGUAGGUGCCUGGGCGCAGAAAGAGAGGGGCCACGCGGCACUCUGGAGUCGACUGAUCGCGCAUUUCUGGGACGUCGAGGUCGAGAAAUCACUCGCGGGGCCAGACGGGAAGAACUCUGUGGAUUUGGGUGAUGUCGAUCCAGUACAGAAUCUGCAGGAUGCGUACGACGCGACCAAGAAGGUCACCAAGGGCACGCUGAACAGGGAUCGCGAGGAUGAAGUCUACUCGGAGGGCGAAGAGGGGGAUCGCAAGCGGGAAGAGGAUGAAGAUUCCUCUUCUUCAACUUCCCAGGAAAGCAAGGAUACCAAGGACUCGACGAAAAAUGACAUUCUCGGAACGACAACGGCCUGUUCGGCGCUUCUCUAUUAUAAACAACCCGUUGGCUCGCAGUCCGAACCCACGCCCGUAAUCUUCGCCACGACACUAGGCGACUGCAAGAUCCUCCUCAUCCGCCCCUCCCCUUCCUCAUCGUCCUCCGACGCGGAAAGCAAAGAAGGUGACGGUGCCGACCGCAUCCUCUACCGCUCCAAAGAACAAUGGCACUGGUUCGACUGUCCGCGCCAACUGGGCACCAAUUCGCCGGACACCCCGCUCCAAAAUGCCGUCUGUGACAUCAUCGACAACGUCCAGGUUGGCGACGUGGUGGCCGUCCUGAGUGACGGGGUCACCGACAACCUGUGGGAGCACGAGAUUUGCGACAACAUCUGCGAGAGCAUGUCCCGCUGGAAUGGGUGGGGGGAUCAGUCGCAGGCGGCAAAUCACAAGGAAGAGCAAGAGCAAGAGGAGGCCAAGAAAGACGGCGUGAUCUACGUCGCGCGACGGCUGAUGAACGCGGCCCGAGAGAUUGCCAUGGAUCCCAACGCCGAGUCGCCUUACAUGGAGAGGGCGUUUGACGAGGGUAUAGCCGCCGAGGGGGGCAAGCUAGACGACAUCUCGGUUGUCAUUGGGGUGGUGAGGAAGACGGAGUGAGGACACUAGGUCCCACUUCCUGCUUUCUGGUUCAAACUUGCUUGCCGGCGAAAUAUGACGGCGAGACCGGCCACGGCGCCUCUGCACCAAAAGUUGGAGAUCGCACGGAUUCGGGAAAUACUUGCUCCCAAUACCGCAGGCGAUGUGGCAAGAGUCUUUACCUGGGUGGACCACUCGAAAAACAAGUACAGUGCAAUGGCGUAGAUACAGGGAGUCACAAGGGGGCGAGUACAAACAGGUGAAUAGGUACAAAAGGGAAAUCGAAUGCUGUGAGGGUUAUGGUGGGCAAAGGGCCAGAAAUCAAGCCCUGGCACACUUUUUCCUGGUUUCAUACGCCUUGAUCCUCUUUUCCA